CAAUUGUUAAGUCUAUUUAUGAUCACUUUUAACCCCUAAAGUGCACUGAAGAGGCUUAAGAGAGAGUUUAGGUUUAAUUUUGCUCGAGAGCGGGCAGGUGCGUGUGUGUGCGCGUGCGCGUGUGUUUAGAGGGGCGUGGUCGCGCGCGCAUCGGAGCUCAUGGUUCGCGUGUUCACACGUCCUGGGGCGCAGUGAGAGAGGAGAGAGGCGCGAUGGCCUGCAGCAGGACUCAGCCGCGCUUCACCAAUCACCGACUCCUCACCCGACUUCUCACUAAACACUAGCUGAUUCCUCUUACAUCUGGCCUCGAGUCCACGCCUGAAAAAAACAACAACAACAAAAAAAAAAAAAAAAAAAAAACCCAGUGUGUGCAAGAAUGAACUGACCGACUCAUUUCAAAUCAGUUUGCAACUGCUUGAACAGAACCACAUUUUAUGCAGAGAUGUGAAAUGCUAUGUGAAUUAGUGUGGAAUGAUUAUACUGUACUUUCUCUUCAGGUUAGAAAUCGUGAAGCAUGGGUGACUGGAGCUUUCUUGGGCGACUGUUGGAGAAUGCACAAGAACACUCUACCGUGAUUGGCAAAGUCUGGCUGACUGUCCUCUUCAUCUUUAGGAUCCUGGUGUUGGGAGCAGCGGCAGAGGAGGUCUGGGGCGAUGAACAGUCGGACUUCACCUGUAACACGCAGCAGCCUGGUUGUGAAAACGUUUGUUACGAUGAGGCCUUUCCCAUUUCGCACAUCCGUUACUGGGUGCUGCAGAUCAUCUUCGUGUCCACUCCAACACUCAUUUACCUGGGUCACAUACUACACAUCAUCCGUAUGGAGGAUAAGCGCAAAGAGAAAGAGGAGGAGCUGCGAAAAGCACAGGGACACCAGGAGGAGAAAGAACUCCUGUAUAGGAAUGGGGAGGGUGGCAGAGGAGGUGGGAAAAAGGAGAAACCGUCAAUCAGAGAUGAGCACGGCAAAAUCCGCAUCAGGGGUGCCCUGUUACGUACGUACGUGUUCAAUAUCAUUUUCAAGACUCUGUUUGAGGUGGGUUUCAUUUUAGGUCAGCAUUUUCUCUAUGGUUUCCAGCUCAGGCCACUUUAUAAGUGUGCACGGUGGCCCUGCCCCAACACUGUGGACUGCUUCCUGUCCAGACCCACAGAGAAGACCAUCUUCAUCGUGUUCAUGCUUGUGGUGGCUUGUGUGUCACUUCUGCUGAAUUUAUUAGAGAUUUAUCACCUUGGAUGGAAAAAAAUCAAACAGGGUGUUACCAGCGGAUACAUCCUUGAGCAAGAGUUGCUGGCCCAUACUGACCCGGUGGAGACAGGAGCCAUUCCUGCUGCCUCUAGAACUGACCCUGCAACCCUUAGCUAUCCUCCCAAAUACACCAAGUUGGCAGCAGGUAGCGCAUCAUUCUUGCAGACUGGGUCAGUUCCUGUAACAACAGAGUUCAAGAUUGAUCCUCUGCACGAGGAGCCAAACUCUUUCUACAUCAGUAGCAACAAUCACAGGCUGGCUGCUGAGCAGAACUGGGCCAAUCUGGCCACUGAACAGCAAACUCUGGAAAAGAAGGCCAUCGCUCCCUCUACUUCCUCCUCCUCCUCUGCCUCUUCCUGUGAUAACGAGCAGCGCCUCAGAGACGCUGCUCCCACUACCAGCAUUCCCAGCUCAAGUGGUGGCAUUUUGAGUAGUGGGAAGUGGGAGCCAGAGGAGAGUCACGUCACCACUACGGUGGAGAUGCACGAGCCACCUAGCGUGUUUACUGACCUCCGAUGCAUGAGCAGAGCAAGCAAGACAAGCAGUGUAAGAGCAAGGCACAAUGAUCUGGCUGUCUAGUAACCUUCAUUGCACAGCUCCAAUUUUAAUAUAUACACAUUAGGAAAUGCGAAAACAUAACGUUGAAAUAGAAACGAGAGUCAGGCUGCUGGAUGUUAUCUAGGGAGAUUA